UGUCUCCUUCUAAUAACAAAUAAAUGUUCGUGUUACACAGGCUAGUGUAACGGUCACAUUUUAAGUUAAUAAAUGUAGAUAUAGGCUUACAAACCAGACUAUUUCCUACAGUUGCUGCCCACUGUCACUUUCAGAACUCAAUCCGUUUGGAAACUGCUCCUGCUGCGCGGACAUUUUGGCUCAUGACAAGCGGAUAUACUCGUCUCGGAUUGGAUCUUUAAUGACCUCAGCUUCCUGUAUCCUUCACUGUUGAACUUGCUCGCUGUAAUGACGGCGUCCCUGGUUGUUACGAGAUUAGCGGGCAUUUCUGGGGCACUUGCCGUGGGUGCUGGGGCGUAUGGAGCACACGGCUUCAGACGGAGUGACAGAGACGACUACUUGAAAGAGCUGUAUGAGACAGCCAACAAGUAUCACUUCUACCACAGCCUGGCGCUGCUAGGUGCUGCCCACUGCCGUAAACCUGCUGUGGCUGGCACCAUCCUUUUGGCUGGCAUGGGGGGUUUCUGCGGGUCCUUGUACCACCAGGCGAUAACUGGUGACCCUGUCCUGAGAAAGGUGGCACCAUACGGGGGUAUGCUGCUCAUUGCUGGCUGGGCCGCAAUGGCCAUUUGAACUCUGACCCUUGACCUUACUCUCACUUGGUAGCAUUGCAUCUAAAGCCCUCAGUAUGGUUUGACAUCAACGUAUUCAACAGAUUAUAGAAGGUCUUUGCACAGUUCACCUGCUCCUAACCGAAAUCUUUCCUCUUUUUUUUUGGUGACGGUGUGUGUGUAACAUCUGGGCAUAUGUCAGCUGCAGUUACCCAUAAUUCCCUGGUAUCCAGACCUGUAUUGCUGAUGUUAAUGUGAUGUAUGCUGUUGAAGUUGACCCUUACUGAAGGUUUUAUGCCCACUGUGUCGGCCAUGCCUGACUGCCUAGAUGAGAGAGGUACAGAUGUGUCAUCUGGAAGGCUCAGGGGGGAGAGACACAAAACGUUGUAAUGUGUGUCUUAUCAAAAAACCUCCUUUUCAGACGUGUCUGUGAGCCGAAGAUAAGACCUCAGGAUCACAUAGUGGCCCCCCCCUUUUCUCCUCUUUGACUCCUCUACCCUCUCUCUCUCUCCCUCCCUCUCUCUCUCUCCCUCCCUCUCACCUCACUUCACUCCACUCUAACCAUGAAAAUUUCCGUUCCUUGUGUACUGCUCUCGAAGAAAUAGGUGUGUGUGAUUUUGUCUAUGUAUAUAUUUUCAAAAGAUCGCCCCCCCAAGUGUUUUCCCAUGUGCACAAGAAUAAAGCUUUAUGAUUAAAGAAAAAA